UUUACGUUUCUUGUUAUCACUUCUGGAUCUGGAAGAGGAAUGGCUGCCCUAGCCGUUGUGGAGACACCGUCAGGGAAAGAUGCAAUUGCAGAGGGACUGCUUGGCCUCUUGAAACCAGCUGUCCAGCAGCUUGAUCUUCAUGUGCACUCAGUGAGGGAAAGCCAGGUGGAACUACGAGAACACAUAGACAAUCUAGCCACAGAGCUGUGCAGGAUAAAUGAGCACCAGAAGGUAGUGCUAGACCUGGACCCCUAUGUGAAAAAGCUGCUGAAUGCAAGACGCAGGGUGGUGCUUGUCAACAACAUACUACAGAAUGCUCAGGAACGGUUGCGACGGCUCAAUCACAACGUCGCCAAAGAGACAGCGCGUCGGAAGACCAUGCUGGAGACCUCUGGAGCGUUCACGCCUCGGUCGCCCAGUAAACCAUGACCAGUAAACCAUGCCCCACUCCUCAGCUUGGAAAAAACUGCUUAAUAACAACACUGAGCUUGUCUGCAUGUGUCCUGGACUGAAUAAAGUUUUCACAAACUCUCCACUGGGGUUGGGCAGUAUCCAGAUGUUCAUACCGUUCUUGUACCAUACCAGGAAAUACGGUAUUACAGUCAGUGCGCACAAGGGGCGCUAUUAUUUUCAAACAUAUUAAAAUGUUUACGGGGGGAGGUUGGGGUCCCAACAAGUUACCAGUGACAAGUUCUCUUUCCAAUCUCACAGAUUAAGGCAAUACUCAGUUUACCUGCUGAAACGCCAACCUCACAUCACUGCUUUGUGCUAUUGUAGCAACGUGUACGUGUCUUGAGUAGUCAUAAACUACUAAUUUACAAUAAGCCAAAGGCAAUUGGAAUCAGGGGUGCUUUGCUUCAAAAACGUACACAAACUUGAUCAAAUGUUAAGAUUGUGCAAACUGAAAUUGGAAUCGAAAAUAAAAAUCUAAUAAUGCAAAGAAAUGUGUUUACACUGCUGGAGUGCUUUGUGUCUACUGGUUUUUACAACCCUCUCUAUUUCCAGAAUAUGUGUAUGGAUGCCUCUGCAUUCCAUUCAAAGCUAUGGCCACAGAUAUGUAGUUGAUGGAACCUGUUCUUCUCUAGGGUGAAGUAUUUUUGUCACUGUGGACUAAGUAACUAGACCCGGCAAUACAAAGUAGUGCAGAAAAAAAAGCUGCAAGGAAUGUACGGAAACAGAACCGUCACUGUUUCACGCUUCUAGCAGCAACUGAUAUGCAACCAUGCCUAAUAUGGUUUGUCAAACCUUUUUUUCUCGAUGUCAAAUCAGGUAUUAUUGGUCGCAUACACAUAUUUUGCAGAUGGUAUCGCAGGUGCAGCAAAAUGCUUAUGUUUCUAGCUCCAGCAGUGCAGUAUUACCUAACCAUACAAAAUAUGUUAAUGACAACCUCUGUACUUUAGUUGCUAUUGAAUAAAACAUAAGUAUCACCAUU